AUGCCUCAAAAACCUAGAGCUCGUCCAUUGAGCGCCAGUCGUAAACGACGAUAUAAUAAUCGUCGUGCAAGUCUAAAUGCUGAUUCAAAACCAUUCGAAAUAGUAUCGAAUCAAUAUCCAUUAUCACCAAAAUCUGAUAUCCUUGUUCCGUCCGGUAUAGAUCUUCGUACAGCAAAAGAAAAGAUAGAAAAUCUAGAAAAUGGAAUGAAAAAACGCAAAGAUGAUUCAACAUCAGAAGAAAACCUGAAUGAUCUCGUUCUUAUACAACUCUACACAAGUCUUGAGUACGGUAUAAUGUCUAUUGAAAAUGCUGCGGCUUAUGUUAGUCUAAGCAAAUUCUAUCUAGAUCAAAAACAUUUUCUACCUCAAGCUAAAGAACAUAUCGACAAAGCUCAUCAAAUACUUGAAAGAUUAAAUAUAAUACCUCAUGAUGAACAUCUAAACAAUAAUUUACUUGCGUUUGAAAUAUAUUUUCUAUUAAUCAAAUGUUCUGUUCAAGCAAAACAAUGUUUAUCUCAACGAGAUGUGAAAAUUAAAAAUAGCAAACAUAUUAAAUCAAUUGAUACAACACAUAUCGAUCAUGAUUUGUCUAUACUUGAAGAGUAUUUACAAAAAUUAGAGCAUUUAAUGGAUUCAAAAAAUUAUAGUACAAAACAUAUGGAUUAUCUAUUAAUGAAAUUUGAAAUAGCUGUUAAUAAUCUGAAAGAAUUUGAUCUUCAUAUAACGAAUUUAAUUAAAAUAAUUAUUGAAAGUAUUGAUAGAUAUUCAUCAGAUGAUAAAAUAAAGAAGAAAAUAAAUAUUUACUUGCGUGCAGGAUUUUACUUUAUUAAUUUUGAUGAUAAAAUUAAAGAAGGCUUAAAUUAUUAUAAAGAAGCUGUUGACUUAGCUGAACAACAAGAACAAGAAAAUCCAUCCGAUAUGCAUAAACGGCAACUUGCAAAUGCAAAUUUUCAAUGGGCUAAAGCAAAAGUAAAAGUUGAUAGUUUAGGAGAUAGUACUGGACAAAAAUUUAAGCGUGCUAUUGAAUUAUAUAAACAAACCAAUGAGGAAAACGAUAGAGAUAUUUUAAAAGUAUUCGAUGAAUUGGCAACUUAUUAUACAAAAACAGAAAAUUUUCAGGAUGCCUUAAAUGUACUUUGCGAAAGUUUACCUGAUAAAAAACGAUUGUUUGGUGAUUUUUCAGACGAAGUUAUUCAAACUGAAUCACGUAUUGGUGCCAUUUAUUUACGCGAGUGUGAAUAUAUAAAUGCUGCAGAACAUUUAAAAGAAUGCUUUGAUCUACAAGAAUUUGCGUAUGGUCCCAAAGAUCCGCGAACAUCCCAAACACGUGAUGCACUUGAAAUCUUAAAAAAGGAUCCACAAGUUUCUCGAAUGUUUUUCUCUCGUACACAAGAUGGCAUACGAAAAGAUCGACCAGCAUUCAAACUAACAAAUAGAGUUUCACAUGAAAAAGGAGAUCACGAAUUAUUAUUAACUGUUACAAAGAAACCACCAAUUUAUUCGAAAAAUUAA